AUGCUAAAAAAAUGUUGCUGCUGUUUCUGCAUCAUUGUUGUAGCACUCGGUGCCCUCAGCUUAACGGCUUGUUUCGCGGUUCGUCAAUUCAGCCCUUCUAAACCGAUAAUUUACCAGGUCACCGAUGCUUCUCUGACGCAAUUCAACCUGACGGCAACCAACAACACCAUCCUAUACAAUCUGUCCCUCAACAUGACUGUUCAAAACCGUAACAAAUGGAAUGACUUCCACUAUGAACAUUUUGAAGCCGUUCCUAGUUAUAAGAACCAGGAUUUGAGUAAAAGUAUUUUGGAACCAUUCGGGGUAGCGCACAGGGAUACGUACGAUUUGUAUCCAUUGUUCAAAGGACUACGUCCGGUGACGGCUCUUACGAAUGAGGAGGCUUCAAAUUUUAGGAAUAGUACAGUUUUUGAUAUCACGUUGAAGAUCUAUUUUAAGUAUUGGACCAAAAUUGCUGUGUACAAGGAUGAGAAGGAGCUCCAGAUGGCUUGCUAUUUGAAGGUUCCAUUGAGUUCUACCGGAAAACUAGCUGAAAAUUUUCAGAGCACCAAAUGUGAUAAGGCCAACCACUAA